AUGUCCGCACCACCUACACCUCAACGUUCAGCUUCAGAAAGCCUUACCAGUCGCUUCAAGCGUAAUCCUAUUCGUGGCCUUACCUUGGGCGGCGGUCGUCCUGUAUCCCCUUCCACUACUACUAGUUCCACAGGACGCGUUACUCCGACUCGCUCAGCCACUCGUGACUCGUCCACACCACCACCCACCACCAGGUCUCGCUCGAGUAUCAUACCAUCAGCACUGCAACGCAGGAUUUCUUCAACUAUCGCCCCGUCUUCAACCAAGGCUAGCUCUUCCAAGGCUCCAAGUUCCGAGGCUGUAAACGAUCUAGAUAUCAAGUCCGCGCCAUCUACGACCGAGCAAGGUUCAAUCGACGCGCCAAAGGAAGACAUUAGCGCCGAUGUCUCUGGUCACGCUCGCGCUCUUUCGGGAUCAACUGUCGAAUCUGAACCCCCAAUGACGCCUCCACCAGCUCCAGCUGCCGAGCCAUUACCUAUUUCCAAGCCUGAAGAUCUCACAUCUGAUUCACCUCAUGAUGGUGCUUCAAUCGCUAGUUCGCGCUCCCCAAGCCGGCUCCGCCGUCAAGUCUCCAAUAUUAGCCGUCGCAGCGUCAGCGGAAGCAUUCGUCGCCUUUCGCUGCUUGGUCCCGCAAGUCCCCCGCAAGCCGAGACCGCCUCAAUCCAUGCUCAAGGCGAAAUGCAAAAGUCCCUGAGCAGGUCGCCUUCUAUCUCUUCACUUCGUCGUCACGCUGCAAGCCCUGAGCCAAUCCCCACCAAGACAGCCGAGUCGACAUCCACUCCUGAGCCUGUUUCGGAGCCCGAAGCACCCAAGGCUGUGGACUCAGAGUCUGAAGUUGGCCAACCCGAAGUGAUCCCGCAAGUUGCUCAGACUGAAGCUCCUCAAAUUGAAGCUCCUCAAACCAAGGUUCCUGAACCUGUGGUUGAAGAGCCUGAGCCUGAGCAUCAACCCGAAGUCCGAACCGAAGUUCAGCCCGCCGUUGUUUCGACUCCACAGGAGAGCACCCCUGCCUCCUCGGUCAAUGCCCAGUCUUCCAAUGAGCCUCCCGCCUCUAGGCCAGUUGAACCACACACUCCAAUUAAACCGUCAAUGUCUCGUAACGCCAGCACGACUUCGUUCGGCAGGUCACCUACUCCUGACAAGCCAGACACCAAACGCCGCAGCACUUUUACCAAAUGGGCACGAAAGAGUAUCGAUCGCCGACCAAGUGUUUCGGGAUCGCCUGGUCUCGUCCGCUCCCCAUCGCGCGGACCAGUUGACGAUGAAAGUGAUACCGAGUCGGUCAAGGAGCGCGAACGCAAAUGGGGAACUGGUUUGCCUGUACCUGAUCCGCCUGCUCCCAAGAAGUCCGAAGACAACAUGAAGCGCCGCUUCAGUCUUGGUCGUCGUGAUAGUGCCAAAUCCCCGAAUGACUCUCCUGUCGAGAGUGACAAGAAAUCAGGAUGGGGCAAAGUAAUCCGUGCUGUAACGAAGGCAAAGAAGGAGAAGGCCGAUAGCUCGGCUUCUACGCCCGAAGCAUCCUCUCUUGACGUAUCGACUGAACUCGCCGAGUCUCGUCCUUCAUUGAUGAUUCCCGAGCGCCUCUACAACGACCAGCGACCACUCUCCGCUAUCGUCGAGUCACCAGUGGCUCCACUUAAUCCUCACAUGUUGGUCCGUUCUCAGUCUCCAGAACAAGUCUUCGGGGCACCCGUUCCUGUCGGAGCUAUGGACUCGCCUGUUGUGGUCAAAGCUGAGACAACCAGUCCUGAGUUGUCUCCAGUUAUGGUCACUAUUGAUUCCGAUGCGUCGGGCAUGGAUUCCGCCGUAGAGAACCUUCAAGCCCUCGACGCUGUUGCUGCCGAGGUACAACCUCCAGUUGAAACUAUAGCCGAAGAGCCAAGUCAGUCUGUCGAGGUCGAGCAACCCCAGGAUUCACCUGCACCUGCUGAAGAAACGCCUGUGGCCGUCGAGGAGGUUUCUGUGCCAGAGAUCGUUGCACCUGAAGCAGAGGCCCCCACCAUUCCGGUGGCUGAGACCACCACGCCCACACCUGCACCUGCACCUGCAAAUUUGAUGAGCCCGGUGAGCCCCAACAGCCCAUCCUCUUCGCCGUGGGAUGCCGGUAUCGAACGCGAAAUCGCCCGUGCGCGCCGCCCCGCCAGUCCAAUGGCGGCCCUUCGACCUCCAACCGCCGAGGCAGCCCUGCUCCCAGCAUCAUCGGAGUCAAGAGGAAGCAUCCUGACGAACCUACGGAAGUUGGCAAGGCCCGCGUGCGACUGGGCCGUCAGUCCCGCUAUUCAAUUGGCCGUUACUCUGUCGCUUGUGCUGCCUCGUCGCAAGCGCGAUGUUGCCAACCCCUCGAAUAGGAAGCGUGGUGGAUGGUGGCCACUCCGUCGUGGUCAGCGUACCGAGAUGCGCUUCAAUGCGAUUCGCGGUGUGAGCGACGAGACACCGAUCGUGUCCAAGACGUGGGCUGUUCCUGCCGCCGUUCGCACCACCGCCAAGGUUGUCACUGCCCCUGCUAGCGAGACGGACGAGGAAGAUCUCGAGGAUGAGGCUGCUCCUCGGCGAUUUGAAUUCAGCCUGAGUCCCUCGCCUGAACCUGAUCUGGAGUGCCCCCGAUGA